UUAAAUAUUGAGGAUCAUGCUAUUUAUACUGUUCACAGUCAGUCAUGUAUUCGCCAAUGUAAAGAUUAACAUUCGUAGAUCAAAAGUGUUAAUAUCGCUGACAACAAUUUCAGUAUCAGUUUGCAAUAUAAUAAUGGCUGGGGAAGAGAAAGUUUGUAUCGUGGCAUCUGUAUCACCAUGCAUGUUGGACGUCGUAUCGGAGGAGCAGGAAGCUGUCAAAGAUGACUACAACAUCAUCCAGUGGUCCGAAUUCAUCCAGAAUCCAGACCCUUACUUCGAAAAGGUCCAAGGAUUACUGCUAUCUCCUGUACAGAAUGUACAACUCACCGAUGACCUGUUGAGAAAAAUGUCAAAUUUAAAGGUUGUCUGUUCUGUAGGUGUGGGUGUCGAUCAUCUUGACUUACCACUCUUGCGGAAGUACGGCAUUAAGGUCGGUAACACACCUGAUGUGGUCACCCAGCCAACUGCGGAUUUCGCCUUCACGUUAAUGUUGGCCAUAGGGCGGAGAAUACCAGAAAUGAUGGAAGCAGCGAGAGGUUACGAAGUCGGUCAAAAGUUCGAAAUCGAACGAGGUUUUCGAUGUCGUGGACAAGAUAUCUUCGAAUCUACACUGGGCAUCAUAGGCCUUGGUAAGAUCGGGUUAGAGGUAGCGAGACGAGCACAAGGCUUCAGAAUGAAAAUACUCUACCACAAUCGGAAACAAAGGUUGAACGAAAUCGAAGAAUCCGUGCACGCCACCUACGUUCCAACAUUAGCGGCACUCUUACCACAAGUUGACUUCUUGAUUAUGUGUGCUCCCCUGAACCCGAGCACACGACAUAUGAUUACAUUGGCGCAACUCAAAUUAAUGAAAUCAUCAUCAUUUCUUAUCAACAUAGCAAGAGGAGGAAUAAUUAAAACAGAUGACUUGGUAGAAGCAUUACAAAGCAGAAUAAUAGCUGGAGCUGCAUUAGACGCCACAGACCCCGGCGUCUUACCCAAUCAUCAUCCACUCCUUCACAUGCCGAAUGUCAUCGUCUGCCCACACUCAGGGGUGUUCACUGGGGGAGGGUUAGAAGCGAUAUACCGACUAGCCCUCAGGAAUCUUAGAGCUGCCGUAGAGGGUAGACAAAUGCCUGCUGAAUUUAUAGAAUGAUCAUGGACUUGGCAGCAA